UCAGCAACACUUGUCCGAUUGUUGUUGCUUUAUAAAAAGCAUUGUCUUCGUGGCGAAUUUCAUUGCUUCUCGUUCCUCUCACUCUUCAAUUUUCGCUCUUCGAAGACUCAUGGCUGCCUCUAUUGCCGGAUCGGCCAUCGUCGCUCUUAAAUCCGCCGGAAUUUCCUCACCUUCCGCCGACCACAAAUUCUCUCAUUUCCGGCAAUUUUCUCCGAUUUCCCAAUCGAUUCAUCUCCAACACAAGCUCAACUUGCAAUGCCGAUCGAGGAGCUCCUUCGCUUCCGGUGAUGCAGGUGUAAAAGCUCAGGUUGCCACUAUUGAACAUGCAAGUGUUGAAGCUGCUCAAAAUGUGGAAGCCCCUGUUGUUGUUGUGACUGGAGCCUCUCGAGGGAUAGGCAGAGCAAUUGCACUGGCUUUGGGGAAAGCUGGAUGUAAGGUUCUAGUCAACUAUGCUAGGUCAUCAAAGGAGGCAGUAGAAGUUUGUAAAGAGAUUGAGGCAUGCGGUGGUCAAGCUCUGACUUUUGGAGGAGAUGUCUCCAAAGAAGCAGAUGUGGAAGCGAUGAUUAAAACCGCAGUCGAUGCAUGGGGAACUGUUGACAUCCUAAUAAACAAUGCAGGUAUUACUAGGGAUGGGUUGUUGAUGCGAAUGAAGACACCUCAAUGGCAGGAGGUUAUUGAUCUGAAUCUCACGGGUGUAUACCUGUGUAUACAGGCAGCAGCAAAAAUAAUGAUGAAGAAGAGAAAGGGAAGGAUAAUCAAUAUAGCAUCAGUUGUUGGCCUUGUUGGCAAUGUUGGGCAAGCCAAUUACAGUGCUGCAAAAGCAGGUGUAAUUGGCCUGACAAAAACUGUGGCCAAGGAAUAUUCAAGCAGGAAUAUUAAUGUCAAUGCUGUAGCCCCAGGGUUCAUUGCAUCUGAUAUGACUGCUAAGCUUGGAGAAGACAUUGAGAAAAAGAUUUUGGAGACCAUCCCCUUGGGAAGGUAUGGUCAACCAGAAGAAGUUGCUGGACUCGUCAAAUUUUUGGCCCUUAACCCUGCAGCCAGUUACAUCACUGGACAGGUUUUGACCAUUGAUGGAGGAAUGGUGAUGUAAGAAGCCCUGCAAUCUAUCCAAACUAGUACUUCAGACGAGUGUUGGGCGGAUUAAUUCCAACUGACUUUUUGUGUAAGCUUUCUUAUGCAAUUGUUGCCAAUGACAGCUAUGAAAUAAGCUAAUAUUGAGCCAAGUUUUGAUGUAACUUUUAGUGAACGUGUGUUUUUUUGGAUAAGUAAACUUUUACUCUAGAAGUUGAUGGAACCAAACAAGAGGUGUACAACAAUUCCAUUUGAAGCUUCUGUUGACAUUUCCAAGAAAUACUUUUGGAAGUAAAAAAGACUCAUCCUAUUUUUUAGC